UAAAUAGGAGCCAAGAGCAAUGGACACUUCAUUAUACUAUUUAAAUAUUUCCUUUGACCCUUGACCUCUACAGUCUGCAAAUAAUCUAUAAAUAUGGAGAAUUCCUUUUUUACUUUCCACUUUCUCCCUUUCGAAGUAGAAUUUUCCACAAUUAACCUUUUCUUCACAAUAAAACACACAAACACAUAGUGCAUGUUCUGAAAUCUUAUAUCAGUGAUGCCCAAGUGUUUUAGCUUAACGGCUACAAAGAACAGAUGCCUCAAAUCCAGUUUCAGCAGUCGGGGUCUCCGAUCUACUGUCACUGACCUCAAAGAUGGCACCAUCAUGCACUGUUGGGUACCCAAAACAAGAAAAUCAACCCGACCCGACUUGGUCCUGAUCCACGGGUUCGGCGCCAACUCCAUGUGGCAAUGGAGCGAAACGGUACGAAUCCUCUCACGACACUUCAACGUCUACGUCCCCGACUUAGUAUUCUUCGGAGACUCCUACACGACCCUACCCGAUCGGUCCGAGUCAUUUCAGGCUGAGUGCGUGAAGCGCGUGAUGGAGGCAAACUCGGUGGUGAAGAUGAGCGUUGUUGGGCUGAGCUACGGUGGGUUCGUGGCGUAUAAUAUGGCGGCGCAGUUUAAGAAUUGUGUGGAGAAAGUGGUGAUUUGCUGUGCCGGAGUUUGUUUGGAGGAGAAGGAUUUACAAGAAGGGUUGUUUGCGGUGAACAGUGUGGAGGAUGCGGCCAACAUUCUGCUGCCGCAGACGGCGGAGCAAAUGAGAGAGUUGAUGGGUUACACGUUCGUUAAAGCUCCGGCGAAAGUUUUGCCUUCUUGCUUGCUUACUGACUUCAUUGAUGAAAUGUUUACAGAUUAUGUAAAGGAGAAGAAAGAGUUGCUUCUUGCAAUUGCGAAAGACAGGAAGCUUUCCGAUCUACCUAAGAUCACUCAGCCAACGUUAAUAGUGUGGGGAGAUCAAGACAAAAUAUUUCCUUUACAACUAGGUCACAGACUGAAAAGGUUCAUUUCCCCUACUGGGCAUUUAGGUGAGAAUGCUGAACUUGUGGUGAUCAAGAAUACAGGCCAUGCUUUCCUUUAUGAGAAACCCAGAAAAUUUCAUAAGCCUUUGAAAUCCUUUCUCUUGGGUUCCACAAAAAGUCCUUCUCAGAACCAAACAUGAUUCACUUUGGGGAAAUUUUUCUAUGUAUUAUCUCAAUUUUUACUAUGUGGCUCUCAUUGAGAGACACCAUCCUAUGAAGAUUUUUACUUCUGGUA